AUGUGGUUGGCGUAUGUGCUCCUGUGUCGGUUGUACUUCCCAGUGAACGAGCAAGUGGCGACGUGCCCAGGGAAAUGGCCGCUCAUUGGUCACGCUCACAAACUCGUAAACAAGGAAGUUGUGACGGAGCCAGAAGAUGUGUCCACAAUUGUCAACAAAUGUCUGGACAAGAUGUUCGUGUACAAGUUUGUCGAACCAAUGUUAGGGAAGACGUUGAUUGCAGCUGAAGUACCGACAUGGAAACGAAACAGAAAAUUUGUAGACCUUUGCUUCAAGCAGCAGUUAUUGGACGACUACCUCCAACUGUUCAAUGAACGCGCUGAGCGGUUUGUCGAGACACUUGCCGAAGACGCUGGUCAAGGUGACGUCGACCUUAAGAAGAAAAUCACAAGAAGUAUUUUAGAAACUUCUGUCAUGACCACUUUCGGGAUUAAUCUGGAUGGAAAAAACGAAAUGAACGAUAACUACGUCAAAGCAUUAAACGACUGUCUGAGCAUUAUCUCUGACCGGAUCUACAAGCCUUGGCUCAUCAUAGAUACUAUCUUCAACUUAUCCAGUGACAGAAAAAAAUUAGAAAAGGCACUUGAAACUGUAUUUCAGUUUUCGAAGGAAACAGUGCUGUUAAGAAAGACUGAACACUUACAACGCUUGCAAAAGAAAGAGGACCUUAACCACAAAGGUGGGUUUCAAAGCGUCUUAGAUGUGAUUUUGGAAAACUCAAUGACUGAAACUGAGAGUGUAUUCAACGAUGUUGAGUUGAGGAAUACAAUGGACAACAUGAUAAUCGCUGCCUUCGAUACCACUAUCUAUCAGAUGCUCUACGUUUUGAUCUGCAUCGGUAGCAGCCCUGAAGUACAGGACAAGAUUCUUGAAGAAAUAAACUCAGUUUUGGGUAAAGAUAAACAACUUAAAAGCAACAAUCUAUCUCAACUCGUAUAUUUAGAUGCAGUUGUUAAAGAAGCUAUCAGAUUAUAUCCAGUUGGUCCACUGAUUGGACGACACACAACAGUACAUACGAAGUUGCGUAAUGUAACAAUACCAGCAGAAAGUCCCGUUAUUGUGCAUAUAUGGGCCAUAAAUAGAAGCAAAAGAUACUGGGGGUCGGAUGCGGAGGAAUUUAAACCAGAAAGAUGGUUAGAUUCCAAGACUAUGCCAAAGCAUCAAGCUGCAUUUGCCACCUUCGGGCCGGGAAGGAGGGGUUGUGUUGGUAAAACAUACGCAUUGAUGUAUAUAAAAGCAACCGUUGUAUCAUUAUUGCGUAAGUACAAGAUUACAGCUGAUCAUAAGAAAAUGAAAUUGGAAUGCAAAGUGAUGCUCAAACCUUUAUCAGGACACUUGAUCAAAAUAGAGAAAAGGGAUAAAUAG